GACGUUUCAUUUUUGGACGUCUGUUCUUUAUAUCUGUACUUGAAAUGAGUAAGUUGUAUAAUUAAACAUUUGGAAAGAAAGAAAACAAAGAUGGAAAGUACAAAAAGAAUUAAAGAGAGAACAUGAAAAGAAAGAGUGCAAUAUCUGAGUGCUAAAAGUGCAAGUAAAAUGAUUUUGGCGUCGUAACAAUAAUGACAAUACUAAAAUCACUAGAUUUAUAAAUCUAGCGACUUUAGACAAUCCGUUUCCUAACCUUAAACAACAUUUUUAAUUGCCUUAACAUAAACACAAACGAAACAGCAUCAUUUUGUAAUCGCAAAUUUUGUAUUUCACACAUCUCAAAAUGUCUUAUAUGCUAUCGCAUUUGGAAAACGGCUAUCAAGUCGAUCAAGCCAUUCUGUCAGAAGAAGACAGAGUCGUGGUGAUUCGCUUUGGACAUGAUUGGGAUCCAAUGUGUAUGAAAAUGGAUGAAGUACUUUAUAAUAUCGCGGAGAAAGUCAAGAACUUUGCUGUUAUUUAUUUGGUGGAUAUCACAAAAGUGCCAGAUUUUAAUAAAAUGUAUGAACUGUAUGACCCAUGUACAGUAAUGUUCUUCUUCAGAAACAAACACAUCAUGAUAGAUUUAGGUACUGGAAACAAUAACAAAAUAAAUUGGACCCUUGAGGACAAACAGGAAAUGAUCGACAUUAUUGAAACAGUUUACAGAGGUGCAAGGAAAGGUCGAGGUUUAGUUGUCUCUCCUAAAGAUUAUUCUACUAAAUAUCGAUAUUAAUUUAUUUGUAAAAUAUAUGAAAUAUAUAAUGUUUUUGUAUUUUGAAAA